AAUAGAAUAGGUCUUGCAUAGUAAUAUUCUAAAGUACAAUGAUAAACUCUUUAUGCAAUGGGCUGCGUGUAAUUCGGUUUCUAGGUCAUGCCAUAGUACCGGGAGACUCGUGGAAGGAAAAGAAAAGCAUGUUAAAAGGAGACACACAUGAAGAAAGGCGGAACUGCAAGACGAGAAAGGAUGAGGAGGAAAAGGAAAGGUAAGGUAGGGAAUUUGGAGAAAGCAUAUGUCAGAGAGCGCAGGGAGAAAAAGAGAAAGGGAUUAGUUAUGCAACGGCAUAGGGACAGGUUUUAGGAGCCCCUUUUUCCACCCUACGCCAAUAGGCCUUCAUCAGCGCCGCUCCCUUCGGCGUUGAAACCGGGGCCGGUGUCUGUAACAGGGCGGGGCGUCUGGUGACCGCCUUCCCGCCUCCCGCACGGCCUUCUGAGGGAUACGCGGCAGCUCCUCUCGCCGGCCACGCACUUCCCUCCGUCUAGUUCUCUCCAUGUGCUCGCGACCGCUCGAUGCUCCGCUGUCCGAGGCUUAGCGGCUAGCGGCUGACUUAGCGCUCGCUAGAGAAAAGUUGAAUUUGUGCCGUUUUCGAUUAGUGAACGAACUGUCAUUCUUAUGUUUUGUUAUGUAUAUCUGAUUUUCGCGUGUGAAUAUGGCUUGAACGAAUACCGUGGCAUCGACGUGGAAAAACAACAACUGUGCUGUGACUGAUUCCUACUGUUAACGAUGUUCGUCAUCCCACUCCAAGGGAUGGCAAUGAUCUUGCUCGCCCUCGUGGGGUCGGCAGCAUCCCCGACCCAAGGAUCUCCGCCGCCCGGGAUGCUGUAUCCUUCGGCGGAGUCCUUCAGCGCCGCCGCCCAGCAGGAGCCCCGAGGACGCCGGCGCAGAGAGGCCUUGCACCCUCACACCUUCUUACUACACCAGAACUGAUCCAGGCGAGAGGGUAUCCGGCCGAGGUGCAUCACGUGAUCUCUCCCGACGGCUACAUUCUGCAGAUGCACCGGAUCCCCUGCGGCCGGAGGCACCUUGUCGAUGAUGGAAGACGUUGCAACACGGGCGGCGGGCGGCGUGUGGUGUUCAUUCAGCACUGCUUGCUUUGUUCCAGCGCCGAUUACGUCAUGAACGAUCCUGACCAGGCUUUAGGUUUCAUAAUGGCGGACGCGGGAUACGACGUCUGGUUGGGAAACACGCGAGGAAAUGUCUACAGUCGACGUCACAUUCACCUUUCUCCAAAUCAGCCCGAGUUCUGGGAUUUCAGCUGGGAUGAGUUUGCAAAAUUCGACAUGCCUACAAUGUUACAGUACGCUAGGGAUGUUACAGGAGUGCCGGUUCUGGACUACAUAGGGCACUCCAUGGGCACUACAGUCUUCUUUGUUAUGAUGAACUACCAUCCACAUAUCAACAAUUGGAUUCGUGUGAUGGGCGGCAUGGCACCCGUCGCCUACAUGCACAAUAAACGGGCGCCCAUUUCAGCUUUUGCGCCCUUCGUAAAUAUUAUAGAUAAAUUCCUCGAGGACAAAGGCUUCAACGAAAUCGCGAGAUCGAGCACAGGGUUCUCCACCUUGGCCUCCGCUGCGUGCUCUCCCACUUCAAUCGUCAGGUUUAUUUGCAAUUUAAUCCACUUCCUUAUCGACGGUCCAACAUCGGAUUAUGUGGAUAAGGAUUACCUCCCGGUCAUCUUCGCUCACACUCCAGCCGGAACUUCUCGUCGGGUCGUGACUCACUUCCUCCAGGUCAUCGCCUCAGAGCGAUUCCAAGCAUACGACCACGGGACGAAGAGGAAUAUUGAGAAAUAUGGGUCAGUGAAUCCUCCCGUUUACUCCCUCAAGAGAGUCAGAGUUCCUGUGGGGAUCUUUUGGUCAGAGAACGACUGGGUUGCUGAUCCAAGGGACGUCUACCAAACGGCGGCUGAGCUCCCCAACGUGACCCUCUACCAGCGUGUUCCGCCCGUGACUUCACCCACACCGACUUCCUGUGGGCGGAGAACGCACGGCUGUUUGUCUACGAUCCCCUGAUGAACUUCUUUGAGAGCUAUCACUAACGCUGGGGAUGCAGUCUGUUUUUUUUUCUUUCUUUCUUUCUUUCUUUCUUUUUUUAUUGUUGGUGCUGAGGAAGGAGUCUGUUUUAUUC